AUGUCGGGUGCGAAUGAUAAAGCAAGAUUUUAUCUUGAACAAGGUGUUCCUCAACUACAAGAAUUUGAGCAAAAGAAAAUAUUUACAAAGGAUGAAAUUAAGACAUUGGUCAAAAAGCGAUCCGACUUCGAACAUAGAGUAUUGGUAAGAGGCUCCCAAGCCAUCGAUUUUGCUAGAUAUGCCGCAUGGGAAAUGAGUCUUGAGCAUCUGCGUCAAAAAAGAUGUAAACGAAUGCGCAUAAAAGGAAGCUCAUCGCAUGCUGGCCAAGCGCGUGUAUUCGGUAUUUUCGAUAGAGGUGUGAAGAAACAUCCCGGCGACGUCGCAUUAUGGAUGUCAUAUUUGGAAUAUGCAAGACAAGCAAAAGCGACAAAGAAAUUCAAAACGGUUUUGACGGCGGCAAUUCGAUUACAUCCUACGAAGCCGGAAUUGUGGCUUUAUGCAGCAAAAUGGGCUUUGGAAUUGGAUGCGGAUAUGAAUGAGGCGAGGAGUUAUAUGCAGAGAGGAACUCGAUUUUGCAUCAGGAGUAAGGAUUUAUGGAUCGAAUAUGCGAAAUUGGAGAUGAUUUAUUUGGCAAAGAUUGCUAUUCGUAGGGGGAUUCUUGGUCUGGAUAUCGACAGGACUAUCGAAGCGCCAAAGGAUAUCGAAGAAACAGCCGAGGAGUCCGGUUUCACAACUUCACAGGAUAUGAUUGCAAUUCCAGAUUUCAAGGAUAAUACAAUGCAACCAAGCUUGAUGGCAAGAGUAGGAGUGGAUUCCGAAGCUGCAAAAGACCCCAUGACCACACCAGCUCUCAACGGUGCCAUCCCACUUGCCAUAUUCGAUGUUGCUAAAAAGCAACCAUUCUUUUCAUCUGUCGCCGCGGAAGGUUUCUUCGAUAUGUUUGCAGCAUUUACUCAAGUCAAAUGUCUUUCUAAGAUUCUUCAACAUGUUUUGGAUAAAGAAACUGAGCGCAACAUAAAAUCGGGAGGAUCCGAAGGUGCAUGCGAGUGA